UAACAUCUAGAUGCUUUCCCACCAAUUAUAGCAUUACCAGACAAUCCUUUAUAUUACCAUUCCCAAUAAACAAUGAAGCCCAACUACCUCACCCCACGCCUAACCUUCUCAUUGAUACUACCAACGGUCACCACCUCCCCAACACCAACCAACAAAGGCGCUCUCUGCGACUGCUACAUCGUCUCCGGCCCAGAACCAGGCUACUUCACAAAUCACCACUUCUGGGACUUCCGCAACAUCCCCCUCCCAAACUUGGACCAGCCUACCCAAAACCAAAACCCUCUAUCACAAAACGCAACCCUCCGCCUCACCCAAACCCCCUUCAUAACCGACUGGUUCCCCCAAACCUGGGCCAAAACCGGAACGCAAGAGUACCUCCCAAUAACAAACGCGCAAUCUAACGUCUUCUUCGCCCGGAACCCUACGCCUCAACAACCCCAAAAUCCAACCUACCUCCUCCUCCAAGCAACCCGCCUACCAACGUACGUCUCAACAGCCGAAAUCGAGCUCCGAGCCCGAAACAUAUUCCAUUGCUCCCUCCGCGUCCGCAUGAGGCUCAUGUCUAGAGAAACAGUCCUCGGCGAAGCAACAACAACCAAUGCCCGACAGCACCCACAAGCAGAGAAAGAUAUAGCUCAAGACAAACAUUCCACCAAAUCCCACCGUCCCAAACAGUACCAACACCCUGCGGAUCAAAACACCGUCCCCAAGGGAGCCUGCGUAGGCCUCUUCACCUAUCAAUCCAAAACCUGCGAGUCAGAUAUCGAGAUCCUAACCGCCGACCCGCCUAACGUAAUCCACUAUUCCAAUCAGCCGGAUUACGAUCCCGUCUCGGAUACGGCGAUCCCUGGCGCCGGGUCGAUAGUGAAUCUUUCUGUUCCGUGGACGGGGUGGGUGACGCAUCGGUUGGAUUGGUUUCCGGGGUUGUCGAGGUGGUAUGCGGACCAGGGGCUGCAGGUGGUGAAGGGGUAUGGGGUGCCAGGGAUGGCGAGUACGGUGGUGUUGAAUCUGUGGAGUGAUGGGGGGGAUUGGACGGGGGACUUGAGGGUGGGGGAGUCGGUGUUUUUGGGGGUGGAGUGGAUUGAGAUGGCGUUUAAUGUUUCUUCUUCGGCUGUGGGAGGGUCUGGGAGGGAUGAUGGGGGGUUGGGGAGGGCGAGGGCUAGGUCUGCUCGGCGGGUUGGUUUGGGGGAUGGUGAUAGAGUUGUGGAAGGGGCUGGGCUUGGGGAUAAGAUUCUCAGUGGUAUCCCGAAGCAAGAGGAUGUAGCAAGGGGUGUGGUUAGAUGUCGGAAAGCGUGCUACCUGAGUGACUUUCAUUAA